ACCAAAAUGGCGGACGUUAUGAACGAAACUUGUGUUGGUAAACAACUCUCUUUCGAAUAUCCUCUCCCUUUACGCUUGGUUCAAGCCAACAAACGAGAUGAAUUCAUGAGUAUGGUCGACUCUAAUGCUGAUCAGGAAGGCAUAUUGAACUGUGUUCAUUUGAAAUCGGGCGACACUCCAAUUAUUGUCGCUGCGCGCCAUGGCCAUCUGGAUUUGAUGAAAUUCUUGAUUCUUCGCGGUGUGGACAUUGAACAGCGAAAUAAGGACUUGAAACGAGCUUUGCAUGAGGCAGCUGCUAGUAGUCAUCUAGACUGUGUCAAGCUUCUUCUUUCAAAAAACGCAGAGAUUGACUGUCUGAAGAGAGCGGACUGGACACCAUUGAUGAUGUCUUGCACCAAGAUGAACAUUGAUAUCAUCAGAGUAUUAAUCCAAAGUAGAGCCAACUUGAGACUUGCCAAUAAAGAUGGCUGGAACUGCUUUCAUAUUGCUGCCAGGGAAGGGGAUGUAGAAAUUUUGAAUUAUCUUCUUGAUUGUUGUGCUGAUAUUUGGGACAGUUGUAGCAAGAAUGGACGAACACCGCUUCAUACAGCAGCUCUGCAUGGUAGAGUGGAUGCUAUAAAACUCAUGAUUAGCAGAUGUAGUUACAUACCAGAUAGUCCUGACAGUUGUGGCUCAACACCUCUAAUGGAUGCCCUACGAGCAGGACAUGUGCCAGUAGCAGAGACUCUCAUCAAUGAACACAAGGCUUCCAUAACUGCCAAGGAUCAGCUUGGCAGACAAGCUAUUCAUUUGGCUUCCCAAGCCGGCUGUAUCAAGUCACUGAAUUUCCUGAUUACAAAGUAUGCUGUAGAUGUCAAUGUAUUUACUGAAAAAUCAAGAAAGACUCCUUUACAUCUGGCUGCCAAGGAGGGUCACGCACAAACUGUACAGUUUUUGCUAGAUAAAGGAGCAGUUAAAAACGCGCAGGAUAAGAACGGAAGAACAGCUCUCCAUCUCAGCUCAGCGGCCGGCCACGAAGCAUGUGUGGAUAUUCUAUUACGCGUAAAUGAUUUGGAUAGAACCAUAACAGACUGUUCAGGACUUACAGCUGAAGACCUCGCUCUUGAGCCUGCAGUCCGACAAAUGCUCAAAUCUGUGGCAGAAUGAUUGUGGUCCUUAGAAAGAUUUUUCCAGCUGAGUGCUGAAAGCAAUCCAGGAGUGCUUUGGCUUUGCUUCACCGUGCUUUGUGAUUGGUUAAAAAAAUCAUGCCACAUUCUCAACCUAUGAGAUGCAAGACUUUGAGGCGAGAUACAGCUGAACUUUUCGAGAGACAAAGUUAUUACUUUUAGUUGAGGACUGAAAAAUAACAAGACAGCCUCUAAAUUAUUGGAAGGACGGACACGUGCCAUACGCAAAAGUGUUUUUGAAUCACCUUG